AUGUGGUCCUUUCGACAAUGCAUCGUUUUUGGAAUGAUAUUUGCGUCGGGGGCGUUGAUUGGAUAUGACUCGGGCUAUUUGAAUGGUGUCUUGGGCUCAGAAGAUUUUAUCGACAGAUACGGGGUAACAGACCAUUCGACCGGAGCCAAGUAUCUAAAGCCUGAGACCCGAUCACUUUUUACUUCAAUUUUGGCGGUGGGGACAAUGCUAGGAUCAAUUUCAGCUUCUAUCACCGGCAAUCGAAUUGGUCGCAAGGGCAGUUUGAUACUGGCGGCAACAGUUUACACAAUUGGCGUCAUAAUGCAGACCGUCGCUCCACCGCCAGCAGCGUUUUCUGUCGGUCGUAUAUUCCUGGGCGCAGCACUUGGGAUUAUCUCUGUUGUGUCGCCCAUGUACUUGGUUGAAUCUUCAAACGGAAACACAAGAGGUCGACUAGUGUCAUUCUACACUCUUCUUCUCACCUGUGGCAAUGUAUUGGCAUGUGGUAUUAACAUGGGGACAAGCAAACUUUCUGGUGCAAACACAUGGCGGAUAACUAUCAGUUUUCAGCUUUUCCUCGCUUUCGUGGUCUUUAUAGGGGCCAUCGUUGCCCCUGAGUCACCUGUCUUGUUAUUGAAGAAGGGCAAGCCCGAAGAGGCUCGCCAGUCCCUUGCGGUCCUUCGGAACAUUGGCAUGAACUCCGAAGAAAUGUCACAAGAGUAUGAGGAAAUUAGUAUCUGGCUCACGGAACAAAGCACGCACAGCAGUGUUAAACUCAUUGAAUGCUUCCAAGGAUCAAACUUACGCCGCCAGUUGCUUGGGGUGUGUAUGGCGAUUUUGACAAUUUCGACUGGGAUCACAUUUUGGUUUGGUUAUGGAACGACGUUUUUCCAACAAGCUGGAGUCAGUAACUCAUACUUGAUUUCCCUGAUUCUCGCCCUAGUGAACGCGAUAUUCACAGUCUUAUCGACCUUUUUGGUGGAACAGGUUGGCCGACGUUUAUGUCUGCUGUGGGGAGGUAUGAUCAUGGGAGUGGCAAUGUUGGUCCCCGCGGUCAUCAACAUGGUCUCUCCAGACAGCACCAGCAGUCAUAACGCUCUGAUUGCGGGUACGGUAAUCUUCAUUGCAGCUUACGCUGCGACUUGGGGUAGUAUAGGUUGGGUUAUUAUGACUGAGCCCUACUCUCAGCGCCUAAGACUUCAUCAAUCCACUAUCACCAUGCUGGUAUAUUGGCUAUCGACUUGGGCGAUUGGGUUUGUAACACCAUACCUCGUCGAUGCCACUGCGGCAGAUCUUGAAAUUAAGGUGUGCUUUAUCUGGCUUGCCAUGAUUGUUGUUUCAAUUGUAUGGGCGUACUUUUACGUACCAGAGCUCUCCGGACUCUCGGGUGCCGAUAUGGAUCUUCUUUUCGAAGCUGGUAUCCCAGCAUGGAAAUCCAAGCAAUGGAGCACAUUAACCGGAUACGUAUGGGACAUCCCAGAUAUGACAUCUAAUGUUACCAAAUGUUGA